AUGCUGCGACGCGAACCACUCACUCGUGGGCUGGCUGCCAACAGGAACAAGGCCUUUGUCGUCGUUCCGCUGCAAUGCGUCCUUUUUCGUGCCAAGCCCGCGGGACUUCGCUCCUCAAUCAAACGGCCGCUUGACCCAUUCGAACGAUCCUGCGGGGGUAAACUGGUAGAACAGCACGGCGCCGGCGUCGUCACUUCUCGUGUGCUGUACAACAGCUCAUCGGUCCCAGUCAACAUCGUCCCUUACAAGUCUAAGUUUUCGAUAGUCAAAGGUCAAUCGACGACAGAGUGGUACGUAGUGCGGCCAUAG